CGCGGGGCGGCAGCCGACAUGUUCCAGGGCUCGGACGGCCAGCCUGGCGAGUCGGGCUCCAGAUCCAUGAAGCCCCCAGGAGGAGAAUCGAGCAAUCUUUUUGGAAGUCCAGAAGAAGGUGUUCCUUCAAGCAAACCUAAUAGGAUGGCAUCUAAUAUUUUUGGACCAACUGAAGAACCUAAAAACAUACCGAAGCGGACAAAUCCUCCAGGGGGCAAAGGAAGUGGUAUCUUUGAUGCAUCGACUCCUGUGCAGACUCGACAGAGACUGAACCCACCUGGCGGGAAGACUAGUGACAUAUUUGGGUCCCCAGUCACUGCCACUGCACCCCUGGCACACCCAAACAAGCCCAAGGAUCAUGUUUUGCUAUGUGAAGGUGAAGACUCUAAAUCGGACCUGAAAGAUACAACAAACUUACCCCGAGGAGAGCAGAGCGAGAAGGGAAGCUCAAAAGAAGCAGACCAUGCCAAGAUAACAGAGCCCACACCUACAGUUGACAGUCAUGAGCCCAGACUGGGACCGCGGCCUUGGUCCCACAACAAGGUCCUGAACCCACCAGGAGGCAAAUCCAGCAUCUCCUUCUAUUGAGAGGCUCCUCCUCUGCCUGUACUCAGACCGGAAACUCAGAGAUAGGGUAUUGAAAUGUUAGUGCUUCCUUUAACCCAAAUGAGUCGGGGUGGGAGAGGGGUUGUCAUGCGUGUGGGGUUGCCUGCUCAUAGGCCUGAUGCCUUUGGAGGAGCUGCAGAAGGACUGUGCCUUCCAGACUGCCAAGAUACACAUCUGUGGGGAUAAAGUGGGGCGCUCUUACGCCUCGUCUGUAGUUGUUCUGUGUGGAACAGUAAGGUUCUGGGAAGGGCGAAAGAGAUGGCACCCGUUAGCAGAAGGCUCAUUAGGGUAUGUCUCGUCCUUGUAUCAACAGUCUGCUGGCUGUUGGGCAUCUAAGAAUGGUGGUUUGGCUGGGAAAAAAAGAAAA